AUGGCCAGGACCAUAGAAAAGAUUGUCCUGUCUUCGUCUGCAGAUAGUCCUCAUCUGUCAUUGCCAGCUGAUCAUUCGAUGGAGGGGCUACCCGCCAGACAUUCCAUGUGUGACUUCCGCACCAUCAGGUGGGACACAGCCAUGCUCCCUACAGUACAAGCUGUCAGGGAUCCUCUUCGCAUCAACAUGGUGAAGGGCCACCACAACUGGAUCUGUAUAGCCUAUCCACACUUCAUCUCCUGCUUCAGGAUGAAGGACUCCACGGGCUGGCACUUGAUAUGGACAAGUCCCUACAUGACCUGCCCUGUGGAGAGAAUUGCUAUCAAUGCUAAAGUCCUCAACCCCAACCAAGACAACACCAACAAAAUGGUGGCUGCCUCCUAUGGUACCAACAUCCAGCUGUGGUCUGUGUCUGAUGACGGGUCAAGUCGUGAAAUAGGUAUGUUUCCUCUGAAUGUGUCUGUGGAUUCCUUGUUCUUUAUCGGAAGUCAGCUUGUUGCUCUCAGUCAAACAGGCAAGGUUGGAGUGUGGCAUGCCAUGACCCACAACUGGCAGAUCCAGGAUGUGGUCCCGAUCUCAAGUUACGACACAGCUGGCUCCUUCCUUCUGCUUGGUUGUGAAAAUGGAUCCAUAUAUUAUAUAGAUAUGCAGAAGUUCCCACUACGUAUGAAGGACAACGACCUGUUGGUGACAGAGCUGUAUCGAGACCCGGCUAACGACAUGGUGACAGCACUGAGUGUAUACCUCACCCCCAAGACAAAUCUGUCUUUGGACUGCAGUUUGAGUGGGAACUGGAUAGAGAUUGCCUACGGUACAAGUUCAGGAACAGUACGUGUGAUUGUACAGCACCCGGAGACGGUCGGUCAUGGACCACAGCUUUUCCAAACCUUCACAGUUCACCGCAGUCGGGUCACCAAGGUCAUGUUGUCGGAGAAGAACCUUGUAUCUGUGUGUUCGGAAUACAACCAUGUCAGGACCUGGAGCGUGACCAGGUUCCGUGGAAUGAUCUCUACCCAACCUGGAUCCACACCCCUUGCCUCCUUCAAAAUUAUCUCCCUUGAUGAUAUGGACUCCCAUAGUAGUGCCCACGCUGGCACUGACUUUGGUCCGUUUGGUGAACAGGACGACCAGCAGGUAUUUAUCCAGAAGGUUGUACCGGACACAGAUCAGCUGUUUGUACGCCUGUCGUCCUGUGGCAAAAGAGUCUGUGUGAUUAAGUCUGUAGAUGGCAGUGCCAUCAGUGCUUUCUGUGUACACGAGUGUGAAGGCUCCAACAGAAUGGGGUCACGACCCCGUCGCUACCUGUUCACGGGACAUUCCAAUGGCAGUAUACAGAUGUGGGAUUUAACAACAGCUAUGGACUUGCUGAACAAAGCCGAACAAAAACAAGAAUCAACCCUGGGCGGCCCCACUCCUGGUGAGUUGAUCCGCCUUCUUGACCAGUGUGACUUGUCAUCAAGAGCUUCCACCCCCUGUGUGAGCCCCUGCCCUUCUGUCCUUCUUGUACCUCCCGUCAGUCAGUGCUACCAAGGGAGCCAUCACUCUUUGACAACAUUGAACACGGCGAGGGUUCAGGACGACGCUGAGCUGGGGGCGGUAGGAGGUGUGGAGGAGGAGGGAGCCAGAACACUACAAAUGGACACCCAGGUUACACGUAUCUGACAGAUUUUGUGCAGAUAUUGUCGAGAUUGAGAUGCCUGCUUUUUGUACAAACACCAGCAGGAAAAGACAAGAUAGAAGCUAAAUUUGGGGUUGUAUUAAUUCUCAAAAUGAAUUUUCUUUUUAUAAAAGUAAAGUAGUUGAGACAUUGAUGUUAUAUCUGGUUGUAACUUCCUAUGGAGAGUAAGCUUUGCUAUUUUAUGGCCAACUGGGUAGUGGGGUUGUAGAUUAUAAAAACACUUGGCAUAAAACUAGAUGUUGUACUGGGUGUAUACAGUUUCAUUGUAAGCUGUGGGACACCUGCUAUUAGGUAUAUGAUGUAUAUAUAUUGCCAGGCUAUCUUCUGUUUACAAUAGAUAAAAGAUAAACCUUGUUUUUGUCAUAUUUAUUUUGGGUUGCUCAAUUUCAAGUAUCCAUAGUAACCAUGAUUUACUGUGUAUACAUAGUGACCACGAUUUACUAUGUAUCCAUAGUAACCAUGAAUUACUGUGUAUCCAUAGUAACCAUGAUUUACUGUGGAUCCAUAGUAACUCUGAUUAACUGUGUUUCCUUAGUAAUCUUAAAUUACUGUGUUUCAGUAGAAACCAUGAUUUGCUGUGUAUCCAUAGUUACUGAUUUACUUUGUAGCAAUAGUAACCCUGAUUUACUGUGUUUACAUAGUAACCAUAAUUUACUGUUUCCAUAGUAACCCUGAUUUACUAUGUUUACAUCGUUACUCUGAUUUACUGUGUAUCCAUAGACAGUUACAUUGAUUUACUGUGUUUCCAUAGUAACUGAUUUAUUGUGUUUCCACAGUAACCAUGAUUUACUGUGUUACUUUAUCCAUGUUAUUUGGUUGUAUUAUAUCUCUGUCAUUAUUUCUUUUUAAGGCAUUUAUUAGAAAUUGGUAGCAAAAUAAGAACCACAUGAAAAAUUGAAUUUGACUAAAAAAUAGACUGAACUUUGGGAUAAUUUUGCAAUUUUUGUUCAUUGACAUGUUAAUAGUCCUCUACCGGUGAAUUUGAGGGGGGCUCUAGUUUUCCUCUCCAAUUACAAAGAACCAUCAUAUCUCGAACAAGUACGUGUUUCAGGGUUGUUGGGUCAAGGUCACCGUUACUAUUUUUAGAAAAUCCUUGUCAGUGCUCUAGCGGCUUUAUUCCUUGAGG